GAGUGGAACGAUUACAAGCUGAAGUGGAACCCGGAUGAUUAUGGCGGUGUCGACACCCUCCACGUGCCGUCGGAGCAUAUAUGGCUGCCGGACAUUGUUCUUUACAACAACGCCGACGGCAACUACGAGGUGACUAUUAUGACCAAGGCAAUCUUGCACCAUACGGGGAAGGUCGUGUGGAAACCGCCAGCAAUCUAUAAAUCAUUUUGCGAGAUCAACGUGGAGUACUUCCCCUUUGACGAGCAGACCUGCGUCAUGAAAUUCGGUUCGUGGACUUACGACGGGUACACG